AAUGGAGAGAUUGCCAUGUUGGGAGAGAUCACUCAUCUGCAGGCCAUUAUUGAUGACCUCACCGUGUUAACCUCAGACCCCCACAAACUGCCCCCAGCCAGUGAGCAGGUAAUAAAAGACCUUAAGGGUUCAGAUUACUCUUGGUCCUACCAGACUCCCCCCUCUUCUCCCAACAGCUCCGGCUCCAGGAAAAGCAGCAUGUGCAGCAGUGUAAACAGCGCACAUAGUAGCGCCUCUCGAUCCUCUGGGGGCUCUCAGACUCACUCACCCAGUUCAUCCUGUCGCUACCGCAGCGUGGCCCACCCGCUAACAACCGCUGCACACCGCCUAAGCAGCGUCUCAUCCCACGACUCCGGCUUCAUCUCCCAGGACGCCAACGUCUACUCCAAACCCCCCUCACCCAUGCCCUCUGAUAUAACCAGCCAGAAGUCAUCAAGUUCAGCGUCCUCGGAUGCAUCUGAGACCUGCCAGUCAGUUAGUGAGUGUAGCUCUCCAACCACAGACUGGUCCAAGGUAGGUUCCGGUGAGCAGCUGCUAGCCAGCACACUUCAGAGGAGGAAGGAGCCUCUGGAUAGGCUGCGGGAGGCAGAAACCUCUCCUCAGUCACAGGGGUAUUCUGGAAUGCAUUCGGAAGACCCCCAGAGGCCAAGGAUGACCCCGGCCACUAUCGCUGCCAAGCAUGGUGAGGAGGUUUCCCCAGCUGCUAGUGAUCUAGCUAUGGUCCUGACACGAGGCCUCAGCAUGGAGCAGCAGAAGAGCAGCCGAGACUCCCUGCAGUACUCAAGUGGAUACAGCACUCAGACAACCACCCCAUCCUGCUCAGAAGAUACCAUCCCCUCACAGGGCUCCGAUUAUGAUGGUUACUCAGUGAACGGAGACACUGAGGCCAACGGUCAGGCUGAAUUCGAUAAAUCCUCCACAAUUCCCCGUCACAGUAAUAUCGCCCAGAACUAUCGGCGCAUGAUACAGACUAAGCGUCCUGCCAGCACGGCAGGCCUGCCCAGUGGUCUUGGUGCUCUGGGCGGACCACCCGGCGGAGGGGGCGGUAUCUCCGGCACAGCCACCAUUCGCCGAACACCUUCUACAAAGCCUGGGGUGAGGCGCACCCUCUCCAGCGCUGGCCCUAUUCCUAUACGCCCACCCAUCGUGCCAGUCAAGACCCCCACUGUGCCUGACUCACCUGGCGGGUAUACAGGCCCUACCGCCCGUGUGGGCAGCGAAGAAUGUGUCUUUUAUGUGCCGGAUGAUGCCUCCCCGGGAGCGCUGGAGUACGUGAAGGCCUCUCCAAAGCGGCUGAGCCUGCCUAACACAGCCUGGGGCUCAGGGGGUGUAGGCGGCUUAGAGAUGAGCGUCUACGGCCAACCAGGUGAAGAAGAUCACCUGCUGGCUGCCAAUCGCCACAGUCUGGUGGAGAAGAUCGGGGAGCUGGUAGCCAGCGCUCACGCCUUAGGUGAGGCCCAGUUCCCUUUCCUCUCGCUUCCAAACCAGCCCCCACCAGGCCCCGAGUCCCAACCCGAUCCUGAAGUGCCCCAGGAGGGUGAGGACAUGCUGAGGUCUAUUCGUCGAGGGGUGCGACUGCGCAAAACCGUCUCCAAUGAUCGCUCUGCACCCCGGAUUUUGUGAUGCCUCCUGGAGAGAUGGGAGAAUACAAGCGAAGUAACAGAAAAAAACUUCACAAUGACUCUUUAGAAAAUGAGCUAUGAAAAAGAGGAUAAAAAAUUAAAUGUUUAAAGUCAUUGUAGAAAAUAAUGAAUAACAGUAAUGAAAAAAAGUAAAUUAUAUUAUGUAACAGCAGGCCCAGGCCACUAUAACUCUUAGCGUGUCUGAACGCAUGUUUGUCUUAUUAACACACCCAUCACCGCGGGAUAGUUGAACUGUAGUGAGACAAUUAACUACUGACAGAACAAGGGACCAGGAUGUCUGGGGGAUUUUUGUGGUCCCCUCCAGUUCUCCGCAUGGUCCCAGUAGAAUAACGGCCCUCCUCAAAUUAUGGACCCCAGGAAUCAGUGCUUGAGAAGCUCAUGGGGUAUGCAGGGACUCGUCGCAGAUCCUUGCCCUCCACAACGCUCUAUCUAACCCCGCCCUCACCUCCAGUAAAAUUGACAUCACAUCCUGAAAAUCUUGUGGUAUCGCUGUUGUGUGCUGGUCUGCAGUCUGGAGGUGAGCAGGGCUCUGCUGCAGGUCAGCUCGUGGUUGCAUGGAUGGACAGGAUUUAUCUUUUGUUCGUAAACUUCCGUUGUCUUUUUUAUUUUAUUUACAAGCAGUUAAUCGCCUCCUAGCUCCUAAGAGUAGGAAACGUUCAUGUCAGGUAUAUAUGGAUAUUAUAGAAUUAGGGUGAAAAAAACACCAUGAUAAUGUGGAGCAAUAACGCUUUUUUCCCUUUUUUUCCCUUUGAUGGGGGAAGGUUUCGAAGAUCAUCUUUUAAUAAAGUUGUUCGUUUUUGAUGUUCAGGUGACUUUAGGGAUGCAGAUGCUUUCGAAGACUUCUUGUUGAGUCUAGUUAUGGCUUAUUUAAAAAGAAAAUGAGAAAUAGAAAGGAUGCAGAGCACUUUUAAGGCGUAGUUUUGACCGCUAGUUAUCACUGUGGCCACACUGUGUGUGGUGAAUGCUGUGAGACAAGCGCGGUCACAUGCCCUGGUACAUAGGGAGACGAAUACGUGUAGCAAUGUGAUGAUAUAAGAAAAAAGAGAGAGAUGGAAUGCGAAGCAGAGAUGGAGGUAAGAAAAAUGAUUUGGCAACAUUUUACAGUAGGAUCAAUUUGUUAACAGUAUUAGUUAAUGUACUAUGUAUCAUGAACUAACAAUGAACAUAAUUUAUUAAUCUAGGUUGAUGUUAACUUCUACUUAUUGUAGUUCAUUUUCUAUAUUUCAAGUGGAAUAAAUAAGCAUCAGCUAAUGUUUUAUGAAUUAACAAUAGGACAUUCAAAAGGUUGGAGUCAAUAAAAUAUUAAUACAUUUAUUCAGCAAGUCUGCAUUGAAUUGAUCAAAAGUAACAGUAAAGACGUUUAUAAUGUAACAAAAUAUUUCUGUUUUCUUUCUAUUUGUCAAAUAAUCCUGCAAAAAAUGGAUCACGGUUUUUCACGAAAGCAGCAAAACGAAUGAUCAUUUCAGCCCUGAUUAU